ACGUAGAAUAGAAAAUUUUCCAAAUUACCUGAUGAGAAGGUAAACACAAAAAAUCAAUUUUUCUCCUACGUCAAUUAACCCAAAUAUGUACGUAAAUUUGACAUAGAAUUUUACUAUAUUUUUUCUUCUAUUUAUAUUUUAUUUUAAAAAUGCUCAGUAGUUAAUUUAAAACGAAGCAAUAAUAACACAAUGGAUAGUCAUUCGUUAGAAGAAGUUACGAGUAGGUCGAGCAGGGACAACAGCCUAAAUUUAGGAACAUCUCAAACAAGCCUAAAGAGUACAAAAAGUCUAGAUAAAUCGAGUUCAGGAGGCAGUUUAAAAAAGGAAAAAUGCACCAUACAAUUUAAAGAUACCCCACAGGAAAUCGACAAUCCAAAAAUACCUACUGAUGCAUCGCUGAAAGUGCCUCAUAAAAUAAUUGCUAAUUGGAGAUCAGCUUGUGAUAAGACUAAAGACAAGACAAAAGAUUUACUGAAAAGGUGGAGGACACUUCCUGAAAUUGAAGCAGAAAAUGUUGAUAAAAACACAAAUCAUCCAGAGACCAAAAAGGAAGCCCAAAGUGAGAGUGGCUGGAGCGUUCAUGUAUGGACCACAUGGGUCGACAGAUUCAGUAUAGAUUCGAUUGAAGAUCACAAAGAAGAGUCUUAUAUUCUCACACCUAUUCAAAAAAGCAAAUUUUCCCAUUUCUUUACUUGUCUUUUAGACCACGAUCAAGAUAAUUUAAUCAGCGAACAAGAUUUUGAAGCACUGAUUGAGAGAUUAAGACACUUUGCUGACUGGUCUCAAAAUUCAACGGAAUACAAUAUUUUGCGUGAAGUUGAAAGAGGUUUUAUAUCAUCUUUUUUAAAAGACAUAUCAGAUGAUAAAUUUGGAUUUGAAGUUAAUGAUAUCAUUUACCUUACAAAAGAGGGAUGGUUAAGCAAAUGGGCAGAACUCAUCAAAGGAUCAAGAAAUGUAAUAGAUUUCCCGAUAUGGCUACAGUUUUUUAUUAAAGUUCUUUUUCAAGUUAUAAACAGAGGAGGUACGGGAACUAUUACAAAAGAAGAAUUGAGUAAUUUUUACUCCUCAGUUUUGUGCCUGGAUGCUGCAAAAGUCAAAGAUAUUCUUGACCUUGCAUAUCAAGCCAUGACAAUGGCGACCACCCCCUUCAUUAUCGAUCAUUCCGGCUGUGUUUCUCCAAUUAUCUUUUAGGGAGAUAUCCAAAUGGCUCAGGGCACCAUAUUCUGGGUGCCCCACCUACAGAAACAUCGUCUGCUAUGUUUCCUGUCGACUACUCAGCUUUAAACACACAACCUGAAGACUUAGAGCAAUAUACCCCCGACCAAAAAUCCAACAGAAGAAGCGUUGUUGUUUGAAAUGAAAGGCUGAGUUUAGGGUCCCAUUAUGUAUAACAAUGAGCAAAUAGAAUCAGAUAUAUAUUAUAGAGUGAUUAAUAUUACGAAACAGGAAUAAUGCUUUUACACGUUUUAAUUACAAUCAUAAUCAACGUAACGUCAAUUAAGUUCGGAAAAAAGAAACUAGCCAUAUAGAAUAUUAGAAAAUGUACAUACACAAUGAAAAAAAUAGAGGUUCUUAAAAUGUUAAUGGAUGUUAUACACAAUUAGGCUUUUUUCCUUUACAACAAGUGCACCUUCUUAAAAUAAAUUCUAAAUACUAUGUGAUAUUAGAGAGCCUAUGCAUAAAUAAAACGAUUAUUUCUUAGAAAAUGUAUGUAUAUGUGCAACUUUUGAUUCUCAGCAAUAAUUAAUGCAAUCUGAUUAAAUAGUUUAUUUUCUUAAUUAUUACUUUUAAAGCUACUUUUUAGCUUUAACUUUGUUGGAUAUGUAUUUACAAAAAUAACUUAUUUCUUUACAUGCAAAAGGGAAUUGUUACAAAUAUAAUAGCUUAUAAUAUAAUAUGGUUGUAAUAUAAGAAUUUUUUUAUUGAAAUUGUUAAAUCUGCCUCUACCUUUGGUAUGGCCAUAAGCAAAAAGCACAUUUUGUAGUCAUUUAUCUUAGCAAUAAAAAACAAAUUGUAAA